AUGGAGAUGAAAGCUAGAUUAGGGUUACAAUCAAUUGAGGAAUGGCAACAUAUUGAGAGCGUAGGUAGAGUACUGAGUUGUUGUUUUCAGUCCGUGGAAGUCGCGCGAGAGCUCCCAGGUAGAGGCCUUAAAAUCUCGAUUGUGAAGGGCCAAGAGGAUCAACAGCCUUUGCAUUUGAGAAUUAGCAACUUGCUAAUAAAGUUUUACGUAAAAAAUACUAGACGCGAACGCAUAGAGUCAAACUUUGACGUAAAAACUAAAAAUAACUAUGACUUUGAUACCACGGUUGUUGCUCCUUCCUCUGGCCCGAUCAAAUUUCCUUCCCUUUGUUUGCGCGUAUGGCUUGGGGUCGUUGUGUGGCAUGCCAGGAGCUGGCCCAAAGUGCUUCGCGGGCAUUACGCGAAUCCCUCGAUAGCACCAUGUUCUAUCAAAAAGGAGCCCUGA